CCGAGGAUCACCCGGUCGGCUUACCUGGCUCCAAAGAAACCCGUCAAGCUGAGAAGAAGGGUCCAACUUCUGGAAAACUGGGGACCUGGAUAUUCUCUUCCGGGGAACUUGAGCUACUUUUCACGCGGCUGAUGAUAAGCGAGGAGCGCUAAGCCUCAAUCUGCCAGAUUGAUCCCCGAGUCCCCGAUCUAGGUGGACACCUCCUCAGCUCCCUGCGAGUCGGUCUCCCCCUCCAUAUUCUACUACUCUGUAACCUUGUAAAAAGGGCUUAUUGUUAUUCCUUUGACCACCUGAUCCUGUCUCGCGGAGUUCUCCACAUUGGUCAUAAUCCCAUGGACUUACCCCGGAGAGGCCUAUAGUGCUCAACGAGACCAGCUAAUUUUGAUCGCCCGCCUCGUGAAAUCGCUCCUUGCUCAACAAAAAGGAUGCAGUGCGCACCAGUUGCGUGUGUCCCCUGCCGCCAGAAGAAGCGCAAAUGCGAUCGCCUUCUUCCCGCAUGCUCGCGCUGCAGCAGUGUUCGAACGAAUGAACCCUGUUGGUACAAGAAUCGGUGCCGGCUCAUUUGCCCAGUAGGGCCAGAUGUAGCGCGGCAGCCGACCAAGGCCAAGAUGUCCUGCGAACAGUGUCGGAGUCAGAAACGAGCCUGCAAUCGGGUGUUGCCCUCAUGCACACGCUGUCAAUCAUUGUCUAAAGAAUGUGUCUACGGCACGAUCCCGGCGCACAAGCGCAUAGCCAAGUCGUCUUACCAAAUAUCCACGGGGGAUUCGAACACCAAGACGAAUCUGCGAACCAUCUACGGGCCAGAAAUCUGCAUUGACUACCCCGUACGGGAUUCAAAGUACAUUCCGGGCUUACUUCAUCAUUUUUGCUCGGUCCUUGUCAUACCAGCCACGGCGGCUUUACCAAACAGUCUUGCGAGACAUGUACAGUCAAUCUGGAUGCGUUAUGCUAUGCACGACCCGUGCCUCUUCCACUCGACCAUCUUCUCCGCGUCGGCGCACUUGGACGGAUUAUUCGGCAUCGCUGAGAACCCACGCACAAUCUACCACCAGCUUCAAGCAGUCAAAUUGCUUCGUGAGAGACUAAGGCAACCGCAUUUUCGGGUCAACUACGAAACAGUAGGGGCAGUCUUGGGCUUAGGUUACUUUGAUAUACUUAUUGGAAACGCCGACGGCGUCCAAGCGCACAAUCAGGGCCUCAUUCAGAUGCUGACGACGAAGCAUGAUCAAGGAGUGGAGACUGAGGCAUUGCUGGGCCUGGCUAACAUGACACACUUUACCCUCUCAAUGGUCUCAAACACCGAUGCUCUCUACCUCUCCCGCUCGACGAUAUCAUGCGACAAAAGUAGUCAUCCCGCCAAUCCUCUGGCGGGGAUCUCCGCCGCGAGCCUUCUCAGCCGAGUCCUCGCACGCGCUGCAGCCCGCACUGAUAUCCUCGCACCACAAUUGUUCACUCCGGACACCGUGCUCUACCUCGUCGGCACAGCGCACGUAUUUGCCCAACAAGACGCGAACCCCCCUCUCCGUGUAUCCCUCGCCGAAACAACAACGGCAGCGUCAGCCACGAUACUGACUCUCGGCGCCGAAGCUCUACGACUUACAUCUUUCUUCCCUUCACUCGGGGAUCAAAGCACAACGGCAACAAAUAUAAAUACAUGCGUUCAGCUGGCCGCGAAAAUCUGUCGCAACCUCCUUCAGCGUGCCGCACGAGGCGGACCAAGCACAUCACCACCACCACCAACGACAAGUAGAAUAAGAACAAGAACAAUGGUCACACCAAUAAUAACGACAACAACAACAGCAAAACCCACAUCCUCUACCACGAAACCCAAUCCCCUGCACGACGACAUCUCGCUCCUAAAAGCCACGCUGCCGAAAAUCGACUUCAUCUCCUGGUUGCAGCACGCGCCGGAGGCAUAUAUCUGGGUGUGCUUCACAGCCGCGGCGGCCACGGUAGCAGCUGCUGAUUGCAGGGACGAGGAGAGAAGUGGCGAGAGUGAGAAUGACGACUGGACGUCGUUUAUCCUCACGCCCAUGCCGGUGAUUACGGCGAUGGACUCGGCGGAGCUUCGUCUGAUGCGGGAGGGAUGGGCGUAUUUGAGGUGGUUGCGGUGGAAGUGUGAAGCUUGAACUCAACUG